AUGUCCGCUCCCUCGCCGGACACGUCGCUCCGGCCAACCACAAGCCGCCACGUCACCGCCCGUCCGCCCGCGCCAUCACGGCCCGUCGGGGCCCGGGGCAAGCCCGCCGAACCCAUCGGGGCCCGUCCCCGCGCCCGCCUCGCCGGACUCCACCACCGGCCUCGCCGGAGAGCGCCGCCUCGCCGGCCUCGCUCCGCCGCCGCCUCGCCGUUCGCCGUCGUUGGCCGCCGCCAGUCGCCAUCGCCCUCGCCGCUGACCACCGCCCUUCGCCGCCGCCGUCCCGCGCCCGAGGCGCCCGGCGUCCCGCGCCUCCGCCGCGCCCGUGAGUCGCCGCCGCCUGCCUUCUGCGCCGGCGCCCGCGCGACCCCGCGCCGCAGCGCUGGAGCUUCGCCGGCCGUCUCCGGUCGCCGCUCCGGUCAGAGAUCCGGGGAGUCCCCGCCCGGAUCCGCCCUCCCCAGCCUCCUACGCGCUUCCCCGCACCUCGCCGGAGGCUCCCUCGGCUCCAACUCCGGCGAGCCGCCGCCUGCCUUGAAAUCCGCGCCCGGGUCAACCCUAGAUCUCGGAGGGUAUAAUUUUCUGCCAAGUCUUUAA